UGUCUGUUGUGCAUUCUUCGUUGCUUAGCUUAUGGUAACCAUAUACCUGUGUACCUACCCACUCUAGCUGUGUACACAAGCCUAGCUGGUAGUAGCCAUUGAGUCACUGUGAUGGCUGUGUGAUAGUUCUAUCCAUCAUCCAUUAUGUAUCUAACACAUAGAAAGAAGCUGCUGCUGUGUCUGCUAGUCUUGGUUCUCUGUCUCUGGGUUAUCUAUCAGACGUCACAGCUUGCGCUACAAUAUGACAAGUCUAUGGUCUCUUUACAAUGGGAGGUGGAUCGCUGUAUACACAAGCAAGGGUUGGACCCUCAGAGCAGACUAGGACCAGAGGGCCUACUCUCUCACUACACUCUCACCGCCUACCCUCAAGGACUGGUCAGCAUCAGCCCUGCAGCACUGCAUCACUCUAAUAAACACUUUACUACCAGAGCACCAGCUCAUCUGAGAGAUAAUGUUCGUUACAUCUCAGACAAAGUGUCGGAUCAGUUGUCGUCACUAAUGUGGCCUGUGUCUGUGACCUCUGACCCCUGGCCAGUGUGUACCCAUUACCAUGACGAGGGCUAUGUGUUCACAGUGAGUGUGCCUGAUGAGAGGGGCUGGUAUGAGCACCUGCACACACACACUCUCCUGCCCCUCUAUGCUCUGCUAGCCUAUCGUAGUCACACCGGGCCUCACAGUGUGGAUGGUAACAGUGUGGCGCUACUGCCUGCUGUGGAGAACUAUGAGCUGCAGAGUGUUGACUGGGGUAGCACUGUGUUGAGUGAAGAGCAUGGAGUGGUGCAGGAGAUGCUCAAGACAUUUGCUGGGUCUGUCAAGAUCCUCCCCCUAUCGGAGUCCACCCUGCACCACAGUGAACACACCACUUGCUUCAUGACCCUACACCUUGGGGUUGGUUCAGUGAACCUUCGUGACCCCUCUCUUCUGAGUGGCUUUGUAGAGCUGGUCCUCUCCCGUCUCUCCCUACCCCUGACCACACCCACUCAACCACUCCUGUGUCUGGCCGUAGGGGGGUUGCUGACUCAGCACAUCCUCAACGCCCCUCAGCUGCUGGAGGCUGUCAGAGGGGGCGUGGCUGCUCAGAUACUGGACUUUAGUGGACUCUCAUAUAGAGAACAGGUAUCACAGACGCAACUCUGUACCGUCAUGGCUGGUUUCCAUGGUGACGACCUGGUUAAUGCCCUCUAUAUGUCGGCCGACUCUGUUACUAUACUACUCCGCCCACUCAUACACUCCGAGGAACAACCUAACGUGUACUCUGACCUUGCACGAGCACGGGGACACUACUUGGAGUGGACCAAUCCGAUAGAGGAUACUCAUCGCCCUGGCAACGGACCAACAAACACAGAAGUGGACGUGGAUACUUUUGUUGAACUGAUUGACAACGCUCUGACACUAGGCAUUAACAGCAGGCUGCUCAGAACUUGAACUAUCUCACUUUUAGCUUUUCAAUAUCAACACACUCAACAUUGCAAACAUCAUUCAUUGCAAUAACAAAAUUUUGACUAUAA